UUCCUCUGUUCCCAUACUUCACGAAACGUCUCUUUCAGUGCCAGAUUAUCAGCAGCCAGACAGGUGUCGCCCUUCCCCGAAGAGGAAGCGAUACUACUCAAUGAUGGCUGCGCUGUCAGACCCGAGCGGUGCUGGCGCCGCGGGAAGUCAUGCGCAAGUACGGGUCAGACUCACCACGCGAGACACAGAACUCGCCGUCGAGGACCUUGCUCCCAUUCUCGUUCCAACGUCUUUCCGCCGUCUAACACUCUCUACCCUUGUCAACAGCCUCCUUGAAACCGAGAAGACGAUCCCUCUAGAAUUCAUCGUCAAUGGCACCUAUCUUCGUACUACCUUGGACGAGUAUCUUACGAGCAACGGCAUUUCCGCAGAGACGACCCUCACAGUCGAAUACGUACGAGCACGCAUUCCUCCCCAAUACGUGGCAUCCUUUGAGCACGACGAUUGGGUCAGCGACGUCGACGUCUUGUCCACCAAAUCUCCAAGAAUUAUCACUGCUAGCUAUGAUGGCUUGUUGAGAGUGUGGAAUCCCUCCUCCCAGAUUCUCGCGACAUCCCCCGGUAUGACCCAAGGUGGACACAGAUCUUCCAUCAAGUCUGCAAAAUUCAUAUCUCCAACUCAAGCAGUGUCGGGCGGGUUUGACCACACUUUAAGAUUGUGGAAAUACUUAGAGGAUCAGGAUGGGUUUUCGGCCAACCUCUCGCCACAAGUCGAGCUCUAUGGGCACAAAUCCUCGGUAGACUCAGUGUGCCCCCAUGCUGCCUCUUUUCGCAUACUCUCAGCCUCCUCCGACCACUCUGUUGGGAUUUGGUCUACCCGGAAAUCGGACGCACCCGCAGCACCUGAAGCCUUACUUCCAAAGACAAGAACCAAGGACGGCAAGAGGAGGAAAUUGAAUAGCGAGGUAUCGGUGUCGCAGCGUGGGCCCCUCGCGCUGAUGCAGCAGCACACAGGACCAGUCUCCGGAGCCAUGUUCGAUCUACGUGAUCCCACAGUGGCCUAUUCCACAUCCUGGGACCAAACGGUGCGUACUUGGGAUCUAGUCACCGCUUCGCUGGUUGACACUCGAACCACGUCAAGCGCAUUGCUCUGCAUUGAUCAUAUGCCAUCACUUCAUCUCAUCGCGGCCGGGUCAGUAAGCCGCGUGGUCAAGCUGGUGGACCCACGGACUUCCGCCGCAACAGUCACGGCCAUAACCUUAAAGGGCCAUAAGAAUUCAGUCGUCAGCCUGGCCCGAGAUCCUACCAACGACUACACCAUCGCCAGUGGCAGCCAUGAUGGGACAUGUAGAGUUUGGGAUGUCCGAAGCACCAAACAGGAGAAAGAGGGCGCUGUCGGGCAGAGUCUGUACACAUUGCCAAGAGCGAGUCUCAAUGGUGCUGCCAGCCCUGCGGUGGGCGAUGGUGUCAAAGUUUUUGGAGUGUGUUGGCACAGCGAGGUUGGCAUCCUCAGCGCAGGAGAGGACAAAGCCGUGCAGAUCAACCGUAGUGACAGCCAGACUUGAAGGUAUGUCCCACGGACAAUCUCCCCACCACGAGUCACAGGGGAGAGAUCACCAGCAACCACACGCUUUGGUUUGACGUUAGCAGAGUUUGCAGUUGGGUCACUGAGAGGUUGACCCGUCAACAUGUCAAGCCUUCUGCGGAGGUGGUCAAGCUACAGCAAGCCACAGACGGACAGCCCAGAAUGAUGGCUCGAAAUUAACUCGCCUGGGCUCGGGCUACACUCCGCCCUGCUCGGCAAGAUGAUGACCCCUUUCCUCUUUGUGCAUUUAUUAUCCGAAAACAAGGUUUCCCCCCAUUUGUGGGCAGUGGACACAGUGCGGUGAAAGAGCAAAGCGCAGAAGAGUCUGGCGCUAAAAGACACCGAAAGACGCAAGGAUUUCAGGUACCUGGCGGACUUCGAGCAGCGGAGAAGGUUAGCACAGCAAGCCACAACCGGGGACUUACGUAUACUGUGCGAAAUGACCGGGCGGUCAACAUGGACUCGAGCGUCAGGUAUUGGCUGCCGCUGGGCGAAAAAGCAACACGUGCAUGUCGAAGAUCUCGGAGAGGCGGAGAUGAAAAGGCCGAAAAGCGUACAAAAGUGGCAGGUCGAGGUGGUGUUGCAUGCAGCAACAGAAGCUAGAGGUCUAGCCACAUCACAAGAGAUCCGGAGGUCUGAGGAUGGACAGAGUUUAGCGGGAGAUGCCGCGGAUCACAGAUUGUGAAGGAGUGGAUGGAGAUGGACGAGGGAGAAGAGGAGGGAAGAGAUGAACAACAAGACAUGUGGCUAUGAUGAAAAGGAGCAAGGAGGAAGGGCGUCCUAAGUACCUCGUAAGGGAGAGAGAAAGCAGUCAACACUAUCACAUCAUUCGAUGAACCAGUCUAAUACCAGAUCAUUUCAAUAAUACUCGUACCAACUAGACGAGUG